AUGAAUAACGGACCUAAUAAAAAUUAUAGGGCUAUGUAUUACAUUAGAAGCAAAAAUGUUCAUGUUAAUAAUACAUAUGAAAAUAAAUUAGAAAGGAAAAAAGGUUAUGUUACUAUUGAAAUAAGUGAAAUUAAUGAAAAAAAUUUUUCUUGUAGAAAAAAUAAAAAAAAAAAAAAUUAUGAGUUAAUAUUUCAAGGUUGUCAACAUAUGUUUCCAACAUGCAACAUAAAAAAUUUUACAAAAAAAAAAAUAAAAAAUACUUGGACAAAAAUAUUAUUAGAAAAAUUUCAUGAUACAACUAAUAAAAUUAAUGAAAAAUUUAAUUCUAUCAUUAAAAUAUGUAUUAUCAAGGUAAAUAAUUUUUCAACUAAAUUAUCAAAAAAAAAGGAAAAAAUUUUAAGAGAUUCUUUAAAAUAUUUAAAUAUAGAAAAUGAAGAAGUGCAAUUAAACUAUACAAAUAUGCAAAAUUUUAUAAAUAUUUCAAGAGUACUUCCGAAAAAAAAAUUACGAGAUAAUUGUUGUAGAAAUUUUCUUCAAGAUAGUAGUGAGUUUAAUUCUAAAAAUUUUAAAAAAGCAUAUUAUGAAAUGAGUAAUACUAAUACUUAUACAGACGGUAAUUUUAUGAAAUGUAAAGAUUUAAAUGGAUUAUUUAAUAAAAAAUUGACUCAUAAAAAUAAUAUAUGUAAUAAUUAUAUAUACUCAAAUGAACAAGCUAGCAAGUUUGUUUCAGGAAAUGAGAAUUUUAGAAGUGACCUUCAAAAUAUUAGAAAUUUUUACGUUUCAAUAAUAAACAAAAAUACAAAUACAAAAAAAGUAAGGAAAAUAAGUUUAAUGGAAAUAUGUAAAAAUCCUUAUUUUUUUAUUUCUCAAAAUUUUUUAUCAGAUUUAGAAAGUUAUUUAGCAUUAAAUCAUUGUCUUUUAUAUAUUAAAGUAAAAAAUCAAAAAGAAAUGUCCCAAAUUUAUCAUAAUUUUUUUUCAAUACUAAUAAAUAUAGAUGAUAUAAAUUUUUUAGAAGAAAAUGUAUCAACAUCAAUAUUAAGACAUAUUAUUAAAAGAUUAAAUUCAUUAUUUCAAAUACCAACAAAUGGUAUUAGUUCUAUAGAAUUUUGUUUAUAUUUAAAAAGUAUUGAUAAAGAAGAUUCAGUUCACUUCAUAGAACAAAACAUUUAUAAAUAUUCUAUUUUAAUUUUUUUAAAUGCAAAAAAUGAAAAUUAUAUUGAAUUCCCAAAAAAUGGCUUAAGAAUUAUGACUAUUAUAGGUAGCUGUUUAGUAUACGAAUGCAAUAAAAAAUCUUUUGAUAGUAAUAUUUUUAAAUUUGAUAUAUCGGAAGAAAAAAUAUUUUUUUUGAAAUUAAACCUGAAAUACGAUAUAAAUUUGCAUCGACUAUUCAUAAAUGAAAUGAAUACUAAUCAAUAUGCUGAAGAUUUUUCUAAACAAAACAAGUUAACAGAAUUAUAUGGAAAUAUAUUAAAAAAUCAAAAUAUAUUUUACGGUAGCCAAUUUAUUGAUAACACUUAUAAUAAAUGUAAUGCAAAUAAUAUGCAUUUAAUGAAAAAUCAUUAUUCUUAUAUAAAAAAAAAUAUAGAAAGUAUAAAUGAAAAGAUAAUGGAAUUAAAUAUGAACUAUAUGAAAAAUUUAUUUUUAAGGUCAUCAAAACACUUAAAGAAUAAUGAACAUUAUUCAACCCUUCAAAGUCAUAAUUUAAAACAAAAACAAAUUUUUAAAAAAAAAUGA